CAAAACCCCACGCCGCUUCGUCUCCUCCACCAUUCUCCGCUUCCCCUUCCCUCCUCCCUGGCGGCGGCCGCACCACCCGCAAUGGCCGCCUCGGCGCCGCCGCCGCCGCCGCCGCUGCCACAUGCGCACUCCGACAGCGGGGAGGCCCCCGUUUCCCUCUUCAUCGACACCGACCUCGGGACCCGCUUCGCCCUGCUCGCCGCCGGCGACUCCACCAUGCGCGACCUCAAGUCGACGGUGGCCGCGGAGCACGCCACCGCCUUCCCCGACAUCGGCCCCGUCGCCGUCAAAUCCUUCCAGGUGCGACGGAAGGGUGCACUGUAUCACCUCUCUGAUUUGAUGACAAUAAGGAGCGCCUUCGCCAAAAUCAAGGCUGGAUGCUUUCUGCAUGUUAAGAUGACAGUGGUAGUGACAGAUAGUCACUGUUGCAGAGACACUUCAAUGGAGGAUAGAGGAAAAUCCAGUGAAGGUUGUCCUGGAGCUGAAGUUCAUGUGGACAAGUGUGUUCUUAAGAUUCCUGCGCUGAUACCACAAAUUGCAAACCGUCGUCUUCCUGGGCUGGAAAAUUCCAGCACUGCUGGAAUGGAAAAGAAAAGGAAAAGGAGUGAACCAGAGGCUACCAGGGAAGUUGUUUCUGCUCAGGAGAUGGUGAAACCAUCAAGUGGAGCAGUGGAGGUACCAGGAUCCAUUGGUCAAGUCCUGCUUCAGAAAAACAACCAAGAGCUGCAAGGUGAUGGUGCAUACAAUGUCGAAUUGACAAGCAGAGACAAUAGUGGAUGUGAGGGGACUAAGCACGUUCAGUUGAUGAGUGGUGCUCAGGGAGCUACUGAUCUGGCUUCUGAUCAAGGGAUUGAUGAUCUUGUACAUAAGGCAUAUAAAGAACCAAUCACUCGAUAUAUGACUAAUUCUUCUGGAGUUGUAGCUGGUGCAGAAAAACCUACACAAGGAAGACGUGAUGAAGGUGCUGUUGAAACAAGUAAAAUGGAGAAAGCCAGCACAAGCAAAAGCAUCUUGGAGGAGAUACAGUCAGCUGGCAAUCCUUCUCAAGGCAGGAAGCGAAAGAAAGCAAAGAAGGUUAAUUCUGUUGACAUGGCAUCUCUGGACAUUGCUGAUCAGUGUGGAACUGAACAUGUUCAGUUGAUGAGUGAUGCUCAGGCAACUGCUAAUCUUGUUGCUGAUCAAGGGAUUGAUGAUCUUGUACAUAAGGAAUACAAAGAUCCAACCAUGGGAGAUAUGGUUAAUUCUUCAGAAGUUGUAGCCGGUGCAGAAAAAUCUACAAAAGGAAGACAUGAUGAAAGUGUUGUUGAAACAAGUAAAAUGGAGAGCGCCAGCACAAGCAAAAGCGUAGCGAAGAAGCGAAAGAAAACAAAGAAUGUAAGUUCUGUUGACAUGGCGUCUCUGGAUAUUGCUGGAGAAAAAGAUCAGUGUGGUACUAAACAUGUUCAGUUUGUGAGUGAUGCCCAGGCAACUACUAAUUCAGUUGCUGAUAAAGGGAUUGAUGACCUUGUACAUAAGGACUAUAAAGAUCCAACCAUGGGAGAUAUGGUUAAUUCUUCUGAACUUGUUGCCUGUGCAGGAGAAUCUACGAAAGUAAGACAUGAUGAAAGUGGUAUUGAAACAAGUAAAUUGGAGAAAUCCAGCAAAAGCAUCUUGGAGGAGACACAGUCAGUUGGCCAUACUUCUCAACAGAAGAAGCGCAAGAAAGCAAAAAAGGUUAGUUCUGUUGACAUGGAGUCUCUGGAUAUUUCUGGAGAAAAAGAUCAGUGUGGGUAUGGAGAGAAUUUAGUCAAAUCAGAUAAGCUUGCUACUCAAGGCAAGAUUGUUAAUGACCCUGUUGAUCAACAUAUCUCAAGCAAUAUGCUAUCAGAGGGUCCUAAUGUAAUAGAAAACCCAUGUGGUGAUGGGAGGCGGAAGAAGAAGAAGAAGACAAAACAUCACUCAGAGUCGUCAAAGGAUGUUGGUCCUACUCAUGAUGUGACAAAAUCAUUGAUUACAAAUGAAAUCUCAAUACAAAACACAAAUGUUUCUCCCUUAGAUCCAAAGCAAAUAACACCGGCCACAACAGGAGUAGGAACAAUUGGUCACCAAACAAAGUUUGACGUAAGCCUGGAUGUAGCAGCAGCAAAAGUUAUUGAUGAGGUAUUGGCAGAUUUAAGAUGCACUGAUAACACAAGUAAGGAUUUGGAUCAAUGUCAGUUAUCAAAACAGAAACACCAGGGCAGCGAUGUACUUGGAGUGCAUGGAAACACUGUGGAUAAAGGUGCCCUUAGUGCAGUGUUACCUCUGAAAUAUCCAGCGGCAAUUCACUCUGAUGCUCCCAUCAGCUCACCUAGUCAUAAUAAGGCUAGAGGAGAAAAAUUGGAAGUACUGCCAACUGCACAUGACUCGUCUCAUUUUUCAGGUGGUGUACCUGAUGAAAAUGCAAAUGCAGAACUAAGAGAAUCUGUUUCUUUGAGGCCUUCUGACAACACAAGUGUUUCUAAUAAUAUUUCAACUGAAAAUGUUGUAGUGCAAGAUGAUGACAAAAACAAAGCCACUAAACGUCAGAGAAAGAAGAUUUCCCUAAAGCAUGUCCCUACAGAUAAUGAUAAAACUAUUCAGUCUUUGGAUGAGCAAGUUAACCAGGUUGCUAUUGAGGACUUAAACGGAUCAAAUGCUACCAAAGCAGAUUUAGUUCAAGGAGGGUCUGUAAUUGAUGGUCCUGCAGGUACUGUUGAAAAUGUACAGAAGAAAAGCAGGUCUACCAAGAUUCGUACACCUAAAGUCCAAAAGGCUAACCCUUCUGCACAUUUUGAAGAUAGUAAAUCCGCCAAGGACAGCCAGGGCAAAUGUGUAAGUUACAUUGGUGAGAGUGGGACCCAUAGUAAUGACACUGCAGUAGGAGCUCCAACACAAUCGUUUGCAGUUCAGGAAGAUGCCACAGCUCUCAGAACUUUAACCCCUAGUGCUCUAAAGGGAAGGAAGAAAUCUUCCAAGACUGGACUUCAGAGUCAGAAUGCCUCUUUGGAUCAUGGUUCUGAUGUAGAUUUGAUGAACUACAAGGCUGAACAUAUUACAGCUAGUCCUAAAAAAUCUGCUGUUGCUGUUGAACCAAAUGAAAAAAUCAACUUCCUCGACCAUUUUAGCCCCAAAGGGACUAAUGAUCAAUAUGUUUCUGCAGAAAACAAAGAAAACGGCAGAGAGGAAACUGUAAGAGAAGUUGAGGAUGAAAGUAACAAAAGAGAAGUGGAUCUGCAGUCUCAGCUCGCUGAUAAUGCCAAACCAAAUGAUCUGCUACAAUCGCAUCAUAUAGAAAAAACUACAUCAACUAAUAAUUCACCUGGUGAUGUUGGUGUGCCAUCUGAUUCAACACAAAAUGUGGACAUAGCAGAUGGAAAUGUGAAGAAAGGUAAGCAGAAGAAGCGAAAAAAGAAAUCAGAUUUGCUCAAUUCAGUUCCCCAGAAGGUGGAUCCUAACAGUGAUCAUCGAGACAUUGACAAUGGUGUACAAGAUUUUUCGUUUUCUGUUGCACAGGAAGGAAGAAUGGAGCAUGACAGGAAAGAGAAUAACAAUAAUGUAAUUUGGAACAGUAGUAUGCUGACACAGGACCCAAAAGAUGCCACAUGUGAUAGCAGAGUAAAGAAGCUCAACCAAAGCAAGAGUGGUUCUGAUAACCAGGGUAAUUUGCCAAUUGAUAAGGAUCAUGCGCUUAUGGACAAAGGACAAAGAAAGUCCAGUUCUCAGACAAAGCCCCAUGCUGAGAGUAAAAAUUUUGACAGGUUUAGCAAUGGAAAGGCAGAUCCAAAUUCUAAGUCUAUAAGAAAUCUUGUUAAGAGCUUUUCCAUGAGCCCACCAGCAUCAAGUGACAGCACACAGGGCACACCACAAAAUAGUCGAUUUCGACUAGCAGCUCGGAAAGUUCCAAGAAAAAGGUAUGAGCAAACCAGUGGCAAAUCCAAAAAAGACAAAGGAACUGGUACAAUUUUCAAUGAUGCCAGCAGUGAUGGCUCUGAUGAUGAAUUGGGCAUCGGAAGUGAAAAGGCUGCCAUUGAAACUUCUUCAGAUGAUGCAUCCUCAUCAGCUGACUCAGGUAUUUCAUCUGCAGCCCAUGAUAGUGGCGAGCCUGAUGACGAUGGCAAUGCAUCACUAUCACAGAAAUCUCGCAAAGGGGGGCUUGGCUCCAUCCUCAGAGGCUCUUGUAGUUACAAGAAGGCAAAGCAGAAACAAGCCGUGCAAUUGGAUGACACCGAGGUUCCUGAUAGCCAGCCAAUGGACAUUUUCUGAGACUGAACUUGAUACUUGAAAGAAGAAACACGGACAGCUUUGGUUUUCCAUUAUUUUCAUCCACCUGAUUGCAUGCCCUGGAGUUUGAGCAUUGCAUAUUAGUAUCCCAACCAGCCUUGAUACCAUGUAGUGGAAAGAAAAAUGCACUUGGCUGAUUCUCAUGUUACCACACGGCUUUUCUGCUCCUUGAACUAAAUGUUUUGCCAGUUACUACCGUGGCUAUUUUUGAUAACCGAGUGCAGUGUGCAACAGCUCGGGUUUUGUGUAACUUACAAACCCCAGUUACCACCACCAUAUAGUAGUAAUUUAUCCUUCAGGUAUCGUAACAAUUUCUGCACAGAAA